UGGCGAUGGCCUGGCCACUGCUGCUGCUGGUGCUGUGGACGCCCGGUGGGGCCCUUGGCCUGGCUGGUGACCGGGACGAGGCCGCAUCCUUCGACCUUUUCAGCAUCAGCAACAUCAACCGCAAGACGAUCGGCGCCAAGCAGUUCCGGGGGCCAGAGCCUGGCGCGCCUGCGUACCGCUUUGUGCGGUUUGACUACAUCCCACCCGUGAGCGCGGACGCCCUGGGCCAGCUGGCCGUGGCCAUGCGGCAGAGGGACGGCUUCUUCCUGUCGGCCAACCUGCGGCAGGACAGCUCCUCGCGGGGCACGCUGCUGGCCCUCGAGGGCCCCGGGGCCGCCCAGAGGCAGUUCGAGAUCAUCUCCAACGGCCCCGAGGACAGGUUGGACCUCACCUACUGGCUCGAGGGCCGGCCACACCUCCUGUCCCUGGAGGACGUGGGCCUCGCCGAUGGCCAGUGGAAGAACGUCACAGUGCAGGUGGCCGGGGAGGCCUUCAGCCUGUACGUGGGCUGCGACCUGAUCGACAGCGUCCGGCUGGACCACCCCUUCUACGAGCAGUUGGCCACGGACAGGAGCAGGAUGUACGUGGUGAAGGGCGCCAGCCGGGACAGCCACUUCAGGGGCUUGCUGCAGAACGUCUAUGUGGUGUUCGAGAACUCCGUGGAAGAGGUGCUGAGCAGGAAAGGCUGCCUGCAGGGCCAGGGAGCAGAAGCCAACGCCAUCCGAGAGGACACGCAAACGCUCUACCUGGGCCCCCAGCUCCCGCCCACAGCCCUGGGCCGCGUGCAGCUGCAGUCCGGGGUGUGCGGACACUCAUGCGAGGAGCUGGGCGGCCUGCUGCAGGAGCUGGCCCAGCUGCGCGGCGUGGUGGCACGCAUGCAGGACCGCCUACAGGCCGUGUCCAGCGAGAACCAGCUCUUCCUGGAGAUGAUCGGGGGCCCCCACAGGACCCGGAAUGCGUCUGGCUGCCUGCAGGACGGCCGCUUCUACGGAGAGAACGACACGUGGGUGGUGGACCGCUGCACGACGUGCACUUGCAGGAGUCUCAGGACCAUCUGCCACCAGAUCACCUGCCCGCCGGCCACCUGUGCCAGCCCAUCCCUGCAGGAUGGAGAGUGUUGCCCCUCCUGUGACCACGUGGUCAGCGAGGAGGGCUGGUCGCCGUGGGCUGAGUGGACCGAGUGCUCGGUCACCUGCGGGUCGGGCACGCAGCAGCGAGGCCGCUCCUGCGAUGUGACACUCAGCGCGUGCCGAGGGCCGUCCAUCCAGACGCGCGGCUGCAGCCCGGGCCAGUGCGACCCCCGCGUCCGGCAGGAUGGCGGCUGGAGCCACUGGUCCCCCUGGUCGUCCUGCUCGGCCACCUGCGGCGUCGGCGUGGUCACCCGCAUUCGGCUCUGCAACUCCCCCCUGCCUCAGCUGGGCGGCCAGCCCUGCCGGGGCGGGGGCCGUGAGACACAGGCCUGCGAGGGCCGCCCCUGCCCAGUCGACGGCCGCUGGAGUCCCUGGUCCCCGUGGUCGGCCUGCUCGGUCACCUGUGCAGGUGGCCUCCGGGAGCGCACACGUGUGUGCAACAGCCCCGAGCCACAGCACGGAGGGAAGGACUGUGCCGGAGACCCACAGCAGCACCAGAUGUGCAGCAAGAGACGCUGCCCAAUAGAUGGCUGCUUGUCCAACCCCUGCUUCCCUGGAGCCCAGUGCAACAGCUUCCCGGAUGGCUCCUGGUCCUGCGGCUCCUGCCCACCGGGCUUCCUGGGCAAUGGCUCCUUCUGUGAGGACCUGGACGAGUGCGCCGUGGUCGCCGACCUCUGCUUCACCACCGGCAGCAGCCGCUGCGUCAACACCCAGCCCGGCUUCCACUGCCUGCCCUGCCCACCCCGUUACCGCGGCAACCAGCCCUUUGGGGCCGGCCUGGAGUCGGCCCAGACGGAGAAGCAGGUGUGUGAGCCCGAGAACCCCUGCCGGGACGAGACGCACACCUGCCAUCCACACGCAGACUGCAUCUACCUGGGCCACUUCAGCGAGCCCAUGUACAAGUGCGAGUGCAGCACGGGCUACGCGGGCGACGGGGCGCUCUGCGGGGAGGACUCGGACCUGGACGGCUGGCCCAACCGCAGCCUGCCCUGCGCCAGCAACGCCUCGGCACACUGCGUGCAGGACAACUGCCCCCGGCUGCCCAACUCCGGGCAAGAGGACUUUGACCUGGACGGCGUGGGCGACGCCUGUGACGAGGACGAUGACAACGACGGCGUGACCGACGAGCAGGACAACUGCCCGCUGCUGUUCAACCCUCGCCAGCUCGACUACGACAAGGACGAGGUUGGGGACCGCUGUGACAACUGUCCCUACGUGCACAACCCCGCCCAGAUCGACACGGACCACAACGGGGAGGGGGACGCCUGCUCGGUGGACAUCGAUGGGGACGACGUCUUCAAUGAGCGUGACAACUGCCCCUAUGUGUACAACACUGAUCAGCGGGACACGGAUGGUGAUGGCGUGGGUGAUCAUUGUGACAACUGCCCACUAGUGCCCAACCCUGACCAGACCGACGUGGACAACGACUUGGUGGGAGACCGCUGUGACAACAACGAGGACAUCGACGAGGACGGGCACCAGAACAACCAGGACAACUGCCCCUAUAUCCCCAACGCCAGCCAGGCUGACCACGACCAGGAUGGCCGCGGGGACGCCUGCGACCCCGAUGACGACAACGACGGCGUCCCCGAUGACAGGGACAACUGCCGCCUGGUGCCCAACCCACUGCAGGAGGAUGCGGAUGGGGACGGGCGUGGGGACAUCUGCAAGGACGACUUCGACAAUGACACCGUCCCAGACAUCGACGACGUGUGUCCCGAGAACAGCGCCAUCAGUGAGACGGACUUCCGGAACUUCCAGAUGGUGCCCCUGGACCCCAAGGGCACCACCCAGAUAGACCCGACGUGGGUGAUACGCCACCAGGGCAAGGAGCUGGUGCAGACGGCCAACUCAGACCCUGGCAUCGCUGUGGGCUUCGACGAGUUCGGGUCGGUGGACUUCAGCGGCACCUUCUACGUGAACACGGAGCGUGAUGACGACUACGCCGGCUUCGUGUUUGGCUACCAGUCCAGCAGCCGCUUCUACGUGGUCAUGUGGAAGCAGGUGACACAGACCUACUGGGAGGACAAGCCCACACACGCCUACGGCUACUCGGGCGUGUCCCUCAAGGUGGUCAACUCCACCACGGGCACCGGGGAGCACCUGCGCAACGCACUAUGGCACACAGGGAACACGGAGGGACAGGUCCGCACCUUGUGGCACGACCCCAAGAACAUCGGCUGGAAGGACUACACUGCCUACAGGUGGCACCUGACCCACCGGCCCAAGACAGGCCUCAUGAGGGUCCUGGUGCAUGAGGGCAAGCAGGUGAUGGCCGACUCGGGGCCCAUCUACGACCAGACCUAUGCCGGCGGCCGCCUGGGCCUCUUCGUCUUCUCCCAGGAGAUGGUUUACUUCUCGGACCUCAAGUACGAGUGCAGAGAUGCUUGAAUGGACGGCAGAUCCCGGACGUGCUGUCGGCACCCGCUUCUCCGUCCUUGACCUACACUGAGUGGCCGGUCACCUGGG